AUGUUCAAAUCCAUCUUCACUCUUACAGCCCUCGCCCUCCUCGGCACCUCCCUCCUCGUCUCUGCCCAAUCAGACGCCUCCAACACCACCGACACUUACGACCACAGCAACCACACUCUCGGUGGGGAGACUGGUACUACACGCGAGUCCAGGCUCGCCGACAUUCCUGUUUAUGCCCGCAACUAUACGCGCGUGUCGCAGAAGCCAGAGAAUGAUGAUAUAGAACAUUACAUCAACCAGUUUGUAUCUACCUGUCCGGAGUACCAGGUCAAGAAUCUCACCACUGAGGUGAACUCUGGCUUGGGUGAGCGUGGGGAUUGGGAUGGUAACAAUGAGGAUACUCAAGCGCUUGUUUACUGUCUCCGCACCGACGACAACGACAACGUCGUCGACAGCUUUACCGAGGAAAUCGUCUCGCAACUCGGUGGCACCAUCAUCGGCUGA